AUGGCCGCACAAACUUCCACCUCAACCGCCUACUCCACAUCCACCUCCUCUACUCCCCUCAACUUCGGACGAGGAGGUUACAAUGGACCCAAUAAGAAUGACGAGGAUGAAGACAGCUUCCGUCCUACAGUCUCUUCUCUCCGUCGCGGAGAUGAUGAUGAGGAAGAAGAUGGGCGAGCAUAUUCUGAGAAUUUCAUUACGCAUCUUCGUUACCAUAAAUCCAACAUGUUGGGCUUGCAAUUCAGAUUGGCGAGUUUGGUUGCAUUGCAGGCCGCAUGCACAUCUGGGGUGUCGUGGAACAAAGUUGAUAACCAUUUGGAGGAGUCACAAUUUGGGGGCAAUAUUAAAAUUUAA